CUCCGCCCCUGCAGGAUGUCCGCCGGCGGGAGCGGCCCCGGGGCUGCUGUGGCAGGCGGAGGAGAGCCCAAGACAAAGAGGAAAGGAGGAAGAAUCGUGAAGUCUCGCUACCUGCAGUACGAGAAGAAGGACGUCAAGAAGGACUCCCAGAGGCAUUUGGAUUCCUCCCUGGGUGCUUCAGCAAAGUCCACUUCUAAACCGUCAUCUGCAGUUACAGCAAGAACAGUUUCUUCUCGGAAAUGUAGAACUCCUGCUGGUGUUGCCUCCAGCUCAUUAAAUAAAGGUAGUUUUGAGAAAUGUUACUUGCAGUCCACUUUACUAGAUGAGGCUAAAGCUGAUCUGCCGGACAUAGAUCUUUCAGCUGUUAGUGAUAAAAGCACGCGCAAAAAGCCUUCUGAUUCAGAACCUCGUCACAAAAAAGGUACACGUCAAAACUUUGAAGCAGAGGAAAGUGAUCCUGAUGAUGUAAUAGAAGAACUGGAAUCUCAGACACUGCUUUUAACUUACCUAAGACUAAAGGCAGAAAAAAACCUUGCCAAGCUGGAGAAAGAAGCAGAAAAAAACUUGUUAAUGUUGUAUGAAGAAAAGGAGAGAGAACAUAAGAAGCUCUGUGAGUUGAAGCGUGACAUUCUACUUCAAGAAAGAGAGCAGAAACUUAAUGAUGCAUUAGACAAACAGAUGGAUUUACUUUCUUCCCUUCUUCCUGUUUGUGAAGAACUUCAGGAGAGGUAUAAAAGAUUUGCAGUUUCCCUGGAUGCCACUAGACAUGAAUUACCCAUAAAGAAUAUUCACAUAGAAGGAGAUAUGCAAAAAUACCUUGAAGAACUGCGAAAACAGUUAAAGAUCUCAGAGGAGCUUCUGACAGAACUUACACCAAGCUACUCGGAAGAAAGUACAAAAGCAUUUAGCAUACUGAAAGAGCUUAAAGAAGUGUCUCAGGAAGUGGAUGAAGAGCUUCAAAGGAGCUUCACAAGAAUGCUGAACCUGUACUCUGAAGUUAGUAAAGAAGUUUCUCUGUGUAACCAAAGAAAAUGUGAAGAGAAGCAUGGACUAGAUGUUAUGAAGCGCUGGUACUUCAAAUAAGUUUGUGUAUUGUUUUGUUAAGUGGGGGUUACUAAGUCAGUGCCAGCAGAUUUGUUACCUUUUUACUUGUAUGAAAGUAUAACUUGUCCAAAUUUUCAGUUAUACGAGAAUAUGAAACCAGCAGCACAUGUGCUUACUGAUAAGGAAAAAAGGAGUUUUGUUCUACAUGCUGUCCCAUGAGGAGACUUUGAUUUUGAACGUGAAUUUCUGUGACCCCUUUCUCAUCCCUUUCUGCCUUGACAGUACUAAAAGGUAAAGAAUAAGAAAAGUUAUUGGCAAAUAUAGGCUAUGUAUUAUGAAAGUUCUUGGUUUACUUUCUUGUACUGGUUUCGGGGACACUGAUUUGCAUCUCUUUCCAAAGUAGUGCUCCUUACAGAACAACGUAUCAGAAUCUAGAUGUGGAAUUGCGUAUGUGGUACUGCGCAUCUGCUGAUCUUGUUAGGAGGUUCUGUAGGGAUGAUAAUUGGUCCCUCCAUGACCAGCUUUUGGAGGAACACUUUAUUGUCCCUUAUUUCUGGAUUUGCUGAGAGGAAAAGCUACGUGGGUAGUAAGUAACGAGGCUGAUAGUUGUAAGGAACUCAAGUUACUUGUAACAAGUGAAAAGUUUUGGUAACUUGUUGCCUAAUUGUGUCAGAAUCAAAUUAUUAAAAUCAUAAAUGCUUUUGUAUUCAUCUGACUCCUCUUGAAGGAGUUUAUUCUUUUUAAUAAUAAAGACUAUUUUCCACUGC